UUUUAUGACUUUUGCAAUGAGCACUGAGGAAGAGCCUGACUAGACUACCCGGGAGGUUGAGGAAGAAGUAUCAGUGAGAGUAAGUGUCACUCCUCAACAAUUGGACACAGCUGAAGGUGGAGAUGAUUAUUUGUCAACAAGUGCAGUGGUCACAUUUAGAUAUUGGGAAACGCUACAUAAUGUAACAAUUGCUAUUAUUGAUGACCUCUAUGCUGAACCUACUGAAUAUUUCAGUGUAAGGCUAGAAGCUAUUGGACAAGAUGUUGUUGUAUUUCCAAUUACAGAAUGCACUGUAGGAAUACAUGACAAUGAUUAUGUACAAAUUGGUUUUAGUAACUCAUCACUGAUUAUUGAUAGUACAGAAAUGACUCUUGCUGUCUCAAACUAUCAUGGAAUAAUGCAAUCAGGAGAAAUAUCAACUGUUAAGUUGCAAGUUGAAAGUUUAUCAGGUGAAGCUUUAAAUGUCACUCACUUUGAUUUCUAUAAUUACAGUGGAAGCUACAGUGCAAAUCUUAAUCUCUCUCAUCUUCUUUUCUCUCUGGUAUAUAACCAAAAUAAUGCUGUGUUACUAGGGAGACUUGCUACUGAUAAAUCAAGCAUCAAUCUAACAAUAGAACCAUCUGUUAUUACCAUUACCUAUAAUCCUCAAAUUCCUCAAAUUUUUAAUACUACAACAACACAAGUUGAUUGCAUGAGUACAAUCGUCACCAUAACAUCCAUUCCUACAAUAUCAUCUCAAGCUUGUGCAUUUUCUGAGCCAAUUACAGUUACAUCUAUUCGCACAAGCACACUAACAACUGCAACAAGUGCUUCAAUUAUGAUCACAAGCCCUCCAGUAUCUAAAGUAACGAUAACAGUUGAGAAGACUUUGCCAUGUUCUGCAGCUAUACUACCAACAACACAACCAAACCAGUCCUCGUUGAACUCAAGUGUAGUCGUUGGAGGUGUAAUGGGCUAUGUUAUACUUGUCAUUCUUGGUAUCGUUGGCACUGUGGGUGGGUUUUUCUGUGGAAGAAGUACCAGAAGACAACAAGGAAUGACAAUGUCGGCAACGAAUGUACCAGUAAUUAUUAGUAAUGUUAAUGAUUACGAAGGUCGUAGAAAAGCAAUUAGAUCUGGUAUACUUGACAAAAACCAGUCACUUCCUCUACCUAAGCCUCCGCAUAAUAUUGGUGAAGAAAUUUAUGAUAAUAAUGUGAUUUACAUGGAAAUGGAUAUUUGCAAAAAGAAAUGGCAUACAAAAAUUCUGGAGCAAUUGCAGCACAGUAAACAUGAGUAUUGCACAUAUAGUAAUGUAUUUUGUUAAUUGUCUUACAUUAUGCAUGCAUCAAUAAGCCUAAUUGUUUACUAUUAUUGAGUGACUCAUCAUUACAUAUCUAAUUGUGUGACACUAGUUAAAAUAAACCCUAAUAGAGUGUUAUGUGUAGUAGAAAUAGUUGUGUACAUAUUAAUUAAAAUUAACAAAUUUUUGUGCUGUAGUUUUUGAAAUACAAUUCGACUAGAUAUAA